AUGACUGAAAGUGUUGUUGUUUCAGAAGAAAGAGUUGAGGCUGAUGAUGUUGUUGAAGGAGAAAUUCAAACAAAGGUUGGUGGGGGUGAAUGUGAAGAGGAUAGUGAAAGACAAUUUGAGGUGGCUGUCAAUGAAGGUGAGAGAGGUCAGUGUGAUGGAAUGACUGAAAGUGUUGUUGUUUCAGAAGAAAGACUUCAGGAUGAUGUUUUUGUUGAAGGAGAAAUUCAAACAGAGGUUGGUGGGGGUGAAUGUGAACAGCAUAGUGAAAGACAAUUUGAGGUGGUUGUAGAUGAAGAAGAAAGAGUUGAGGCUGAUGAUGUUGUUGAAGGAGAAAUUGAAACACAGGUUGGUGUGGGUGAGGUUGAAGAGGAUGCUUGUGAUGUUCGUAGCUGGACCAGUAGUGGUGAUGAUGAUGGCAAUGAUGAGGUUAAUUAUGACUGUAUGGAAGGUCUGGUUGAUGUUAAUGUUGAGUGUGAUUUAGAAGAGGAGGUAGGAGAUAGAGUGGCAGAUUGGUUUGGUAAUGUCCAAGUUGAUGUGCAAUCUGAUGAUAGUGAUGUGGAUGAUGGAAUGAAUAGUGAUGAUGAUAGAGGUUUGUCCGAUGAUGAAUGGAAAUCUGAUGAAUUAGACAGUGGAGCAGAAAGUGAAGCACAAGAUGAUGAAGAGGAGGGUUAUGUGAAGUUUGUAACCUUUUGCAUGCCUAAGACAAUGGUAGAUUAUAAAUGGGAUGUGGGAACUUAUUUUGCUGACAAGCAAGACUUUGUGGAUGCCAUCAAAACAUAUGCAAUAGAAAAUGGCAGAAAUAUUAAAUAUAUUAAAAAUGAUAAGAAGAGAAUUAGGCUAAAAUGUAUGGGUGCUAAAGGAGAGUGCCCCUGGAUGGCAUAUUGUGCUUAUAUGGAAGUCAUUCAUACGUGGCAAUUAAGGACUAUUGUUGACAACCACAGAUGUAGUAGAGAGCACAAAUUAAGAUUACUUAAUGCAAAAUGGCUCAGUAAGAGGUUGGAAAAAACUGUUAGACAAAAUCCCCAAGUAAAGGGAGUGGAAAUUCGUGAGAAGAUAAAUAGAAAAUGGAAUGUAGGUGUAUCUAGAUGUAUGGCUUAUAAGGUAAAGGCCAUUGCUUCAGACAAUGUUGAUGGGUCUUUCAAAUACCAAUAUAGAAGGAUUUAUGAUUAUGCGAAUGAGGUUUUAGCUCGUAAUCCAGGAUCCACAGUGAAAGUCAAAGUUGAAGAGAAUGUGGAUGGAGCCAUUUUUAGGAGGUUUUAUACAUGUCUAAAGGCUUGCAAGGAUAGUUUUGUGUCCUGCAGGCCAAUUAUUGGGUUGGAUGGUGCUUUUCUGAAAGGAAAAUAUGGUGGUGAAAUGUUAACUGCUGUUGGUAGAGACGCAAAUGAUCAAAUGCUACCUCUUGCGUAUGCUGUGGUGGAAGUAGAGAACAAGGAUACUUGGAGAUGGUUCCUUGAACUUCUGGUUGAAGAUCUCGGUGGGGAGGAAGUAAGUUCAUCAUUUACAUUCAUGUCGGACCAGCAAAAGGGACUACUACAAGCUGUACAAGAAGUGGUGCCUGGAGUUGAUCAACAUUUCUGUGUUAGGCACUUAUACGCUAAUUUUAGAAAGAAAUUCCCUGGAAAACAACUAAAGCGUUUGAUGUGGAAGGCAGCUACAACAACCCAUCCACAAGCAUGGGAAGCAGAAAUGAGAAAUAUUAAACACCUUAACGAUGAGGCUUUCAAAUACUUGUUAAAAAUCCCUCCCAGGUUUGUAUUUAAAUUUCUAUUGUUAAAAAUGUGCCAAAUUUUCACAGUAACAUUGAUGAACAUAUAUAUGUUGUAA